AGCUACCCAGAAGCCAUUAGACAGCUGAGACGGAUGCAUCUGGGUCCCCAGACUUAACAAGAGCAGCCCAGCCCUGCCACGCACACAAACACACACACACACACACACACACACACACACACACACACACACAUCACACAGAGAACACUUUAUUCCUGACUGCCUGGACUCCCACACAGAAGAAGAGAGGCUUGGGGAAAAAAAGCAAACGCUCAAUUGCAACCCCCCAUUUCACCCCACCCCCAUCACUCCUAGUAAUCUGAGAGACUUCUUGGGCCUCCUUCGAUUUUCUUGGAGACUGGGGUUCUAUAAAGAUAUCGCCAUGGAGAUGGUGCUGACCUUUCUAUGCAGCCUGUUGGUUCCUCUGGUCCUAGCCAGUGCUGCCGAUCAGAAGAAAGAGCAAGAUCCUUUUCACUAUGAUUACCAGAGUCUAAGGAUUGGAGGCUUGGUGUUUGCCGUGGUCCUGUUUUCAGUUGGGAUCCUCCUUAUCCUGAGUCGGAGGUGCAAAUGCAGCUUCAAUCAGAAGCCCAGAGCUCCUGGAGAUGAGGAAGCCCAGGUGGAGAACCUGAUCACUUCAAAUGCCACAGAACCACAGAAAGUGGAGAACUGAGGUGUGCAAACAUCAGACAAGAAGCCACCAAUCCCUAAAGACCACUGCGCAACCCCCUAGAUGCCAACAUUGAUGCUUGAAAAACCUGGAAACCACAGCAACAAAACCUUUCCCAGGAGAAGCCAAGAAGUCAUGUGUCCAUUCCCAUCCAUUUCCUCCAAAACUGGUCCAUGACUUCACCAGACAAACUAAUGCUCGUGCCCCUGUUAGCCUACUGUCCUGUCUAACUUGCGUGAUGUGUAUGUGUGUGAUUGAUCAACAUGGUCUUUGUGGCUCGAUGUUUGUGGAUGAUAUUGUGUCCCUAGUAAAACUUGGACUAACUUUCCCCAGGGUCAGGAGCUGGGUCAUCCAUCCAUCACCAUGGUCUCCUCUUCCUAUCUGCACUCCUCCCCUCCUACUCUGAGAAGGCUGCUGUUUCCCAGGGGAACAAGCAGUUCUUUCUCUUGAUUUGUAUGGUUAAAGAAGGACAGGAGACACAUUUCUGACUAUUUUAAGUCUCCCAGAGGAUGGCAGGGUAGGUGAUAUAUGCAGCCCUCUCACUUUGUGGCCUUUCACCUCUCAUGUUUUUCCCCAACCUGGAAUAGCUCAGUAUUCUGCCCUUCAGCCUGGUCUGAGGAUGCCUAAGUGCUGGGUACAAGCCCAAGGCAUCUCAGAGCUGCAGCUCUUGUCUCUGGGGAAGAAGGGUUCUGCUUUCCCCUUUCUCAGAAUCAGAUGUUGUUGAGAUGUCGCCUAGCCAACCCCUUAACUAGUGCAAUAAUUCCCUUUACAACAACCCUGAAAUAUGGUACAUCAUCGAACCCAGGGGUUGGGAACCUGCACUCUUGAGGCCACAUGUGGCCCUCUAGGUCUUCAAAUGUGUGCCUUUGACCGAUUCCAAAUUUUACAGAACAAAUCCCCUUGAUAAAAGGAUUUAUUCUGUGAAGUUUGGAUUCAGUCAAAGGGCCACACUUGAGGACCUAGAGGGCCACAUGUGGCCUCAAGACCACAAGUUCCCCACUACUGAUUAACCCCUGCAUGAACACCUUGAAUGAUGGGAAGCAAGGCAGGCUGUGCCAUUGUUGGACUGUUUUAAUUGUUAGAAAUUUUGAAUCAAAUUCAACUUGCCUCGAUUCCUUCACAGAUAUGGCCUUUCUCUCAGUUUUUUCCUUGCUAGCAACUCUUACCAUUUUAUUACAUUUGCCAUCCCCCAAGUUGGGAAAAGCCAGAGUGUCACAGAGACAUUUAGACAAAGCCUCUCUCUUUCCUCCUUGACCACCCCCCCCCCACACCCACCCCAAUCAAAAGAAAGUGAAGGUUUUGAGAUUCUAUGGGUAGUGUCUUGUCUUGAUUUUCAGAAUCUCAGCAAUAGACCCAGCAUCUCUGAACCCUAAUAGUGUUCCCAAAUCCAAAUCUCUUGGGACUUCAAUUUCCUUCUCCUAGUUUCAGCUGAACUCAGAACUUCUGUUCCUUGUUUGGUAUGAAACAGGGGCUGUGGCAGGAAUUGAUUAUUGUGGUUUAAUGAGGGCAUUUGGUCUCAGAUUUUGGAGGCUAUCUCUCCCCCAUUGUCAUCUUCUCUGUUGUGAGUUAGCAGUGCUAAAGAGAAAGUCAGCAUUGGGGAAUGAGAAAACGUGAGGAUCAGGGGAGAUGGAGAGGAAGAGAAGGGAAGAGAGGAGAGAAAGGGAGAGAGAUAGGGAGGGAGGGAGGGAAAGAGAGAGAAAGAGAGAGAGAGAGAGAGAGAGAGAGAGAGAGAGAGAGAGAGAGAGAGAGAAAGUCAGUCUAUCCUACCAAUCACCCCCCGCCCCGACUUUAAUCAAGGCAUCUCCCUAUGCCUUUUUCUCAGUAUCAGCCCUUUUAUGUUUGCUGUGCACACUGCCUCCUGUAUUCAGAAUGGUGGUGGUGGUGGUAGCUUAGGUGGAGAUUGCAUGAGGUGGCUGUUUUUGUCCUCUCAAAAAUCUAGUCCUUAUCGCCCAAAUAUGUGUCAUAAGUGGUGAGACCUUGAGUAUUGUAAUGUGAAUGGAAAAAAGCCACAAUCUGCCUCCCCACCACCCUUGUGUUCUUGUGGAAAUUAAGCAAACCGUACCGCUGUGAUCAAAGACUGUCGUAUUCUGUAUUGUGAUCUAGAUUCUCCUGAAGAAACAAAAAGAAUAAAAUAUCGUUUCUAUCCUAAA